AUGGUAGCAAACCGGCGGAAGCUGAUAGAUUUUCUGCAGACAUGCAAUUUAUCGGAUGAAAAUUCCCGGAAAAUUGAGAAUUUCAUCAGCGAAAAUUACACUGAAAUUCUGGAAAAACCGAAACGAAAACCGUUAUUCUCUGUGGGUGAAGACGACGAAUCAGAAGAAUACACGUCGCCAAUCGUAGAGACGUGUGAGACGGGAAUUCAGUGUAAACGAGAAACAGAACUGCUGGAAAUCGACGCGGGAACUCGCAGUUUGGAUGAAAUUAACAGGGAUUGGAAAGAAUGUAAAACAGUGUCUCCUGGGGAGGCUGUUCGUUUAUUACGACGGGGAACUGCAAAGUCGAGAGAGCUCGAGUCAAGGUUCCCGGCGGAUCAAGCAAUUCCGAUUCGUAGAACUUUUAUCAACAAGAAAUUCGAUAAUUUGCCGUAUCUUGGCUAUGAUUACACAUUGGCUUCCGAAUGCUGUUGUGAGAAUGUGAUCGGCUACACCCCGGUGCCUGUCGGUGUCGCCGGACCCCUCACUUUAAAUGGAACAUCUGACAUUUAUGUGCCGAUGGCGACGACAGAAGGUGCUCUAAUCGCAUCGACGAAUCGAGGAAUGAAUGUGAUUCGAUCUGCUGGCGGUGUUCAAACUUCCAUUUUCAAUUCAGGAAUGACGAGAGCUCCCGUUGUGAAAUUUCCGACCGCUAGAGAGGCUGUAUCAAUGAAACGAUGGCUCGAAGAUCCGGUGAAUCAGAAGCUCGCUCGUCAAGAAUUCCAGUCAUGCAGUCGAUUUGCUAAGCUGAAAUCGAUAGAUGUCACAAUUGAUGGAAACUUGGCGUAUCUUCGUUUCGAUGCACACACUGGAGAUGCGAUGGGAAUGAAUAUGAUAUCGAAAAGCUGUGACAUCACAAUGAGAUUCCUUCUGGAAAAGUUCCCCGAUAUGCGAGUCCUUGCACUCAGUGGAAAUCUCUGUGUCGAUAAAAAAGCGGCCGCGAAGAAUUUCACCGAGGGGCGUGGCCGUUCGGUAGUCGCUGAAUGUGUUAUCAAACGAGACAUCGUUCUGAAGACACUCCGCACGACGCCAGAAGCUUUGGCCUAUUUGACGACUACAAAGUUGCAUAUAGGCUCUGCGAGAGCUGGAACCAUCGGUGGUUCGAAUGCACACGCUGCGAAUAUUGUGGCCGCAAUAUUCAUAGCCACCGGACAAGACGCCGCGCAAGUUGUCUCGUCGUCAAUGUGCUCGACACGAAUGGAAGUUACAGAAGAGCUGGAUUUAUAUGUGUCCUGUACGCUCCCGUGUGUUGAAGUGGGUACAGUAGGCGGAGGAACUAUUCUCGCACCGCAGAGAGCAUGUCUCGAAUCACUCGAGUGUGCUGGACCGAAUCAAGAGAAUCCGGGACAGAAUGCCGAGAGACUGGCUGAGAUUAUUGCGGCGACGGUGUUGGCUGGAGAGUUGUCUCUGAUGGCUGCACUGACCACGAAUGAUUUGGUGUCGAGUCAUAUGAAGUUGAAUAGAUCAAAACUUCAUUUGUACACCAACGAGUCGGGAAAACCAACGAAUUUCCAAAAAGAAGUCGAGAAGGCGGGAUCACUUCUGUCAGGAAAAGGGGGCGGAGUCGCCGGAGCGAUCAAAUUGAAAAAAUUGCCACAGGAUAUAGUUCAAUGCUCUAAUAUACUGUAG